AGGGGAGGCUGAAACUUGUCACUUCACAAGCACUGCAGACGGACAGACGCAUUUAGCGACAUGAUAUAGUCACAGAUUCCUAAAUGUUGGCUUGGUAUGAAGAGGUAGUUGUGUUAUAUAGUUUAUGUUUGGUUUUUAGUCAUCUAAAGUAUUUAUAUUUGAUGUAAUUGUAUAUACCUCAAUACAAUUUAGCGACACCACUUGUGACAUCAUGAUGUUGCGAGUUAACUGUCGCUGAUAGUCUGACCGAGUUGCAACAAUGUUGCCCUCACCUAACAUUUUGACCAGAUCCGCUACCCAAUUGGUGUCAUACUCAAAGUUUUGGAGUCAAGGUCAUCUGUGGUGCCCAUGCCGGAAUGUCUCCGUUAAACCAGAAGGGUGGAAACCGCAGAAGGUUCCACCAAGAUACCUCGGCCAGCUAAGCCCCUUCACUCAUCCACACCUCAUAAAAAAUGGUGAGGUGACCCCUGGCUUAACCCAAACAGAGUUUGAUCUCCGUCGGCAAAGACUGGCCUCUCUCAUUGAGGUUCAAGCAGAUCGGCUGGGACCCACUGUUUCGUCCAACAAACACCUCGUCAUAGUCCUCUCCCACCCAAUCCGCUACAUGACCAAUGACAUCCCCUACCCCUUCCACCAGAACCAGGACUUCCUCUACCUCACAGGCAUCCUUGAGCCAGACAGCGCCCUGGUUCUGUGUGGUACCAGCCGCCCGGACCAAGCCAUCCUCUUUGUACCCCGCAGGGACCCGGCCAGGGAGCUGUGGGACGGGCCCAGGUCAGGGAAGGACGGGGCGGCAGCAUUGACGGGGGUGGAGAGGGUCCACUGCACAGAAGAGUUGGGACUUGUACUCAAAAGCCUUAAAGGUAGCACUGUGUGGUAUGAUGGCUCCAAGCCCUGCCACCCUGGGCUCCACCAGACCCAUGUUCGGCCCCUGUUGGAAGGGGGGCCCAUGGUGCGCUCUCUCAGACCCCUUACACACUCCCUCAGGGCCCUCAAGAGCCCAGCCGAGGUGGCUCUCAUGAAGGAGGCUGGUCGCAUCACAGCACAGGCAUUCAAGAAGACUAUGGGUAUGUCUCAAGGGGACAUUGAUGAAUCUCUACUGUAUGCUAAGUUUGAUUUUGAGUGCCGUGCCCAUGGAGCCAAUUUCUUGGCCUAUCCUCCUGUGGUUGCUGGUGGAAACCGAGCCAAUACACUUCAUUACAUAAACAACAACCAGAUUGUCAAGAAUGGGGAGAUGGUGCUACUUGAUGGAGGGUGUGAAUACUUCUGUUAUGUCAGUGAUAUUACUCGCACCUGGCCGGUGAACGGAAAGUUCAGCCCUGCCCAGGCAGAGUUGUAUGAGGGGGUGUUGGAGGUGCAGAAGGCCUGUCUGUCUCUGUGCUCCCCAGGAGUCAGUCUGGACCACAUCUACAGCACCAUGUUGGCUCUGCUGGGACGCCAACUCAAAAAGCUGGGUAUCGUGAAGGGCUCCACCAGUGAUGCUGAUACACUUAAGGCGGCACGGCGCUACUGCCCCCACCAUGUUGGUCACUACCUGGGCAUGGAUGUACACGAUACCCCUGAGCUUUCCCGCUCUCAGCCCCUCCAGCCUGGAAUGGCAAUCACAAUAGAGCCAGGGCUGUACAUAUGUGAGGACGAUGACCAGGUUCCAGAUCGAUUCCGUGGACUUGGGGUGAGAAUAGAGGACGACGUUGUGAUUCAAGACGAGAUAAACCCCUUGAUCCUGUCCUCUGACACACCCAAAACCAUUGCUGAUGUUGAAAGAGCCUGUGCACAGAGUUGGGGCUGAGAGAGACUAGACAUGGGGAGGGUAUAUACCUUGCUCCCAACUGGAGUGUGACUGUAUACACUCCUCAAAAUGCUAAGUGUGAGCAAGAGUGAGUGUUCAUCCCUCUCGUGUGACUGGUCACAUUUCAGUGGGUUCGUCUUCAGUAUAUUGGCGAUUGCACAAUUUAAUGUGCAUCCCGCCACCUACUGUGUGGGAUGGAAACGGGGUUUCUCCCAAAAAUGGAACUACCAACAAAAACUAACAAAAAUAAAUAUCAAACAACCUUACUGUUAAAAAAAUAAUCUGAUCCCUACACAGGCCCAGGGGGAGCCUGGGAGGGUGGGCUGUCUUCCGGCACCAAUACCCCUUCCAAGUGCUUCAGUUGUAUACUAAACAAAAAUAUAAACGCAACAUCUAAAUUGUUGGUCCCAUGUUUCAUGAGCUGAAAUAAAAGAUUCCUGAAAUGUUCCAUAGACACAAAAAGCUUAUUGCUCUCAAAUUUUGUGUGCAA